AUGGCCAGCUUUGCGUAUAGCCAUGGCGUCAAGUCCAUUGAGGCUGCCGACACGAAGCCCGACUGCAAACUCUUUGAUGCCGUCACAGCCAAGUACGCUCUUAGCUCACGACUCUUCGGGAAAGCCCUCGUCCGCUUCGGCCCAGCCGAGGACGCGCGAAGGUACCGUCAUGUGCUUGACAUGGCGCGAAUCGGCUUGGUCUUUCAGAAUUGCGAUUUCUUGCAAGAUGCCUUGGACUUGAUUCUGAGCCAAUUUGAGGUGGUGGAUGUCCGGAACAAGUUCAGGACUGCUUGCCGAACAGGAGAGAGGUUCGUGGAGGUUCUGCUGAUCCUGGAGGUGGAGACGGAGGACGGCCAGAUGCCCCACGUUUGUGCUGCUUGCCGUCCAGUAGCCAACUUCGCAACAGAAAGUCGCAAUGCCUGGACGAGCCGUGAAGUUGAAGAGCUGGAAGUUCGCCUCGAAGAGAUCAACUUCUACAAUGCCCGAGCCCGUGCUGAGCCUGUGAUGCAAGAGCUCUUGGCCAAGAUUUCCAAGCACUACUCCAGCAAGAACCCCCGCUGCAUGGAGCACCUCUGCCGCUGGGUGCUGGAGACCCCGCAGAUGAGCCACAAGCUCCGAGCCUUCAAGAAGCACAUCAGCCGUCGGUUCGGCUCUGCACUGGGAGCUUGGCGAAGGCAUUUCGGCAUUACACGGGUGGUUCCUUUCGCCAAGUUCCGGAACCUGUGCAAGGAGGUGAAGUGCUGGAAGCACUCUACAGAGUACUGGCAGGAGCUGGAUGUGGGACGUGCCGGCUGCAUUUCGCUGUUCGAGAUGGACAGUGCGUCCGUGUGCAUGCUGGCAAACUUCCGCGCCAGGCUUCUGAAGCUUGCCAACCUUCCAUCUGAAGAGGCAACCGCCGAGGAUCUGUGGCAAAAGAUGACCCAACAUGUGCAGCCAGUGAUGCCCGACAGGUUUGCUGUCAAUGAGCUCACCUUCAUCCUGACUCGCGCGCUGGGCUUCUCCGCCACGGAGGCUACAAACAUCUUCGACCUCUUGGAUGCAGAUGGAGGGCAUACCUUCAAUCCUCCAGGACGACGAAGGGGUGGAGUUUUGAAGCACCACAGAUACAAGUAG